AUGGUAACAUGCCAUUUUACGGUUUCCGUCACUGCGACCACGAACGGCCAUGGUCGAUUACGCUCGAGCAACGUCAGUCUGGCCUAUAGUCGGCCAAACUGGAGAGCGCCAGAAGGCCAAACGGCCAGACAGCAGGACAACCGGCAAUCUAGUCGGCCAGUAUGCGAGAUUUCACACUUCGUCAAUCAUUCACCUCUUUUCUCUCCGACUAGAGCUGGCGGUCUAUCGCUUUCGCCAGUUAUCGCGAGCCGGUGCAAUGCACUAGAGGGCAAUUGGGUCUUCUGGACGCUCGACGAUGUUUGGCAAUUUCGGGUCGGCCUGUACCAUCGUCCUCCUGCACCGCUCUCAUUUCUGGCCUUUUGCUUCUCUCUAUCCCCACGUCUGUCUGGUUAUUCUUCUUACUAUCAUCCCCGUCUGGACCGCCAGUUGCUCGGUCAGCGGAUUUGGCUGUCUCUCAUUUUCCAUGCAUAA